AUGGAGCUCAACGAACUUAAUGUCCCCAUCAAGGACCUAGCCACAACCGCAGCCAUGACGGUUCCCACAAGCCUUCCACCCGCUCCUCCUCCUAUCUUCUCCAGCCUUCCCACCGAGAUCAUCGCCAUGAUCGCCAAGGAGCUCCUCCUCGACGCAAAGGGACCCGAAGGGCCGUCCAAGGACGAAACUUCCAUCAGAUGGAAGAAGGAACGCAAGGCAAUGGGCGAAGCAAUCACCGGCUUGGCUUCCCUCGCUCACACCUCUCGUCGCCUCAACAAGAUCGUGACGCCCGUCCUUUACGAGCACCCGUUCCUGCUUCAACAAAAUCGAUUUGACAGCACAUGUAACAUCGAGCAUCUUUACGGUCUGGUUCAUUUGCUCGGGAAAGACGACGGGCUUGCCGACCUGGUUCGAUGCUAUCAAGCUCCCAAGAUAGCAAUCUCGGACACACUAGGAGCGUUCCUGGAUCGCUGCUACCGUGAGCCAAAGUCCUACCAGAAGGUGCUCACCUUGCUGAACAAGUACAUUCCAUUCCUGGCCAAUAUCGUGGCGGGGCGCGGUCACCUGGAUAACGGGUACUUGGAAGCGCCGGGAGUGAUGGCCGACCUCAUCCCGGCGGUGAUUCUCUGCCAUUGCCGCAGUAUCAAACAGCUCGAUCGCCUGAGCAUUGGUGGUAACAGAGGCGGCAACUGUUGGCGGUUCUUGUGGAGGGACGUGGUCGCCGCCGGGUCCAGCGUUACGUUCCCGAAUUUGCAAUCCGCAAAGCUGGAAUCGUUUACGGAGCUACAUUUGCUGCCGAUAACAAACAUGGCAGCACUUCGGCGGACACUUACUGCCGUUGAUGAAGCCGUCUCUUUCGUCAAUCACGCCGCCCCCAGCCUCCGACACCUGACGCUCAAGUCAUUCGCGAGCUGCAGCAGUUGGGACGGGGGGCCAUCAACAGUUCCAGAUCAGAUUCCUAUUCGUACACUGGAAAAGCUCACUUCGCUGGAGAUGCAUUACUGCGCGUUUUUGAAGGAGACAGACCUGUGCAGGAUCAUCAAAGCUUGCCCCAAGUUGGAACGUUUUGUCUUCACGUCUGAAGCCAGCCCAAGAGGCGGUGGGAGAUUCACGGGGUUGAAGUCAGCGUUUAUCGGCCCCAAGAUGGCCCUCAAGGCUCUGGCGCCGGUUUCGCAACAACUCAAGGCACUGUCUAUAAAAUAUGCGGCACUAGUCGAUCUUUCCUUCAUGGACGUACUAGACGAUGAUGAUACGGACAUGGACAUGGAGGACGACGACAUGGACAUAACUGACGACGACGCAGACAUGCUCAACGACACAGACACCGAUUACGAUGACGAGAUGGACAUGGAUCUGGAUAUUGACGAAGACGGACCCAUGGACCCCAACGAAAACUUGAUCAAGACCCUCGGCCACUUCCAGCAGUUCCUAAACCUCAAGAUCCUGCGCAUCAGCCACAGCGCCCUACAUCGGUGCCGGACACCUUCUUCUUCCUCAGACAGCGGUCCCGAUCUGGAAGAAAAAGACCAGCAGCUAGUCGACCUGAUCAAAGGCUGUCCAAGCCUAGAAUCGCUCGACGUCACGCAAUACGACAUCCAAAAUACUCCAAUCCGGCCACAACUAGAAGGACUCAUAGCAGCUGUGGCCAGCACUACACCUUUGUCCCAGUCGUCCCAAUUGUCCCAGUUAAAGUCCAUCAGAAUCUCCCUCGACACCAGCUCCCGCCGCUUAGAAGCCGACUGGAUCAACGAUAACUCCGACAACCCCUACCUAAAGGACCAGUUUGCUCGCCAACACCUUACCAAAUACAUACAGAGAGGGAUGAAGCUGAGGAUCGACGUGGCGCCGCUUAAGGAAUAUGAGGCGUAA